AACAGAUAGCUCGAUUUUGCCACUGCGCAUGCGCGCGCAAAGGACAGUGGGAAAAAUUGUUGGUAAGGAAAUUUGUUAAUACUUUUUCGUCACGUCGCGUCGUACCCGUACGUACAAAGAGCGCCUAGUUUGAAAGUGUAACCAUAAUUAUCAUUUUUAUUUUUAUCGUUUUAAGAAGUUGAGUAAUUUGUUCAGCAUGAACCUUGAAGUCACUGAUGAAGAACUUUGGGGAUGUGUCAGGCAGUUCGACGUGAAAACAUUGCAGGAAUUUCUGUCAAAAGUGGACGUUCCGAAAAGCGGUUCUAAAGACUGUCUGCAAAAGCGGCUGUUCUAUGCAUUGAAGUUGGGACUCCCCAUAGUGCCCACGGCCAGUAACGAAGAACUGAGCAGACGUGAAAGCCGGGAGAGAAAGCUUCGCUUUGGAGAACAAUUUAAGUUGCCUCACCCCCUCACUCUCGAUGGCUGGGAAGGUACAUCCGCAAAUCUUCCACCAAUUACAGAAGAAAAAGUAAACCAUUAUUUCCGGACACGAAACAAAGAACUUGAGAUAAGUACAGAUGGCAGCAAAUCUCUCGGUCAAGGAAGGAGCAUGGCAGUUUCCAGGGGCAGGGUGCACACAGUUGAACACCACCACAUCAGUGAUAUUGGCUCAGCUACAUUCGAGGACUGGUUGUACCACAAACAAGAGUUCAUGAGCAGCCAUACAUGGUGUGGAUCCUUGUAUUUAAAAAUACAGGUGUUAUACAUCAGGCAGAUUGUCAUUGCAUUGCAGGGUGAGAUUCAUGACCGUACAUAA